AUGAAUCAACAGAAAGAUAAAACACCAUCUAUGACAAUUCCAAAUUCAAUUCCUUUUUCAGACAUUACUACAAGCCAACUAAAAAAUAAAAUAUCAACUCCAGUAAUUUCAGUUCCUAUUUCUCCUUUUUCAAAUCUCACGAACUUUCAUAUUCAAGAAAAUUCCUUGCCAAUUUUAGAAUCUGGAUCUGCAAACACCAAUGUGCCUAAUUCUUAUAAUGCCAAUACAAUUACUAGUAUUUCUUCUGUUAACAAGUUAUCAAACAGGUGGACUUCGUCAGAAACUCGUUUUCUUAUUAAAGAAGUAGAAAAAAAUCAACAGGCGUUGCAGCAAGUUAGAGAUCUAAGACAAAAAGGGCAAAUCUGGGAUAAAAUUAUCGCAAAUUUACAAGAAUCUACAGUUGCAAGUGUGGCUUUAAAAGGUCGUACCAAAAUGUCUAUUCAACAAAAAUGGGAAUCACUUCAUCAAAAAUACCGUAGUAUCAAGAAUACAAUUAAAAAUACAGGUGAAGGAGCAAUUCAAACGAAAUGGGAGUUCUUUAAUGACAUGGAAGAAAUUUUAAAAAAUGAUCCAAGCAUCAUUGCACCAGUAACAAGUAAUUCUAUUAAUAGAAUAAAGCAUAAGCAAGAUAAUCAAGAAGAAGAUGAAAAAAAAAAACAUUUACACAAUAAUGAAAAAGCCAAUAUUGAAGAAUUUAGAAUUCUUAUUAAAGAGCAAACUGAAAUGAUUAUCGAGACGAUUAAAGAUCAGUAUACUUAUACUUCAGAAAUUCAGCAAAAGCAACAUGCUGAACAGAUGGAUAUUUUUAGACAAUUUUUAACGAAAUUCUAA